AGGCGCCGCAAGUGUCGCGUGCGUGUGGAGGGAAACUCGGAUAGAUAGAGCGAGAGUGCCAUCCUCCAUCAUUCCGAUGCCGCCAGAUUUCCUAGUUAGCUAGCUUGACAGCCCACCGUUUGGCAGCGAACCAGUCAAGAAAUCAGUUGUACUACUCCCCGAGAGCGAGCGAGCGAGCCAGGUUGGUGGAGAGCGAGAUGGCGCCAAUGACGGACGCCGAGGCCCCCUUCCUCGCUGGCGCGGACGCGGAUGACGAUCAGUCGCCGCUCGCCGGCGUCUCCGACUUCCGCGGCCGCCCCGUCCACCGCGCCUCAUCCGGCGGCUGGCGCUCCGCCCUCUUCGUCGUCGUGGUGGAGAUCGCCGGCAGCUUCGCCUUCUUCGGCGUCUCGGCCAACCUGAUCACCUACCUCACCGGCCCUCUCGGCCACUCCAACGCCGCCGCGGCCUCCGCCGUCAACGCCUGGUCGGGGACGGCCAGCCUCAUGCCGCUGCUGGGCGCCUUCGUCGCCGACUCAUGGCUCGGCCGCUACCGCUCCAUCAUCCUCGCCUGCACGCUCUACGUCCUGGGGUACGGUAUGAUCACUCUAGCGGCCACGCUCUCGGUACAAUACCAGUCGCCCGUCGGCGACAUGGAUUCCUCUCUCGGCCCUUCGUCGGUCCAGGUUGCCUUCUUCUAUGCCUCGCUGUACCUCGUCGCCAUCGCGCAGGGCGCAGACAAGCCUUGCGGCCUUGCCUUCGCCGCCGACCAGUUCGACCCUGACCACCCCAAGGAGCGUGCGUCCCGCAGCUCCCUCUUCAACUGGUGGUUCUUCUCGAUGGCUGUCGGCGUCGCCGUGGCCGUGGCCGUUGUCAGCUACGUCCAGGAGAACGUCGGCUGGGGGUUCGGCUUUGGCAUGCUCUGCGCCAUCAUGCUCUUCACCUUCGCCGUCUUCCUCGUCGGCACUCCCACCUACCGCCUGUACGCGCCCAACCCCGGAGCCGAGAGCCCAUUCGUGCGCCUCGCGCGCAGCCUCGCCGCGCUUGUCAGGACCUCGAACUUUGCCAAAAGACAUCACCGGCACGACGAAGAGGACGAGGAUGCUGCGGCCAAGUCAGAGGAGACGCGUGGCGUCCUGCGGCUGGUGCCGAUCUGGGCGGCGUGCCUCGCUUACGGCGUGGUGUAUGCUCAGGUCAUGACGCUCUUCAACAAGCAGGGCCGCACCCUGGACCGACGCAUCUUCGGCGGCAUAGAGCUGCCGCCGGCGGCCCUGCAAACGCUCGGGCCAGCGAGCAUCCUAUUGUUCGUGCCCAUCUACGAUCGCUUGCUGGUGCCCGCGCUGCGGUGCGCGACAGGCAACCCUUCGGGGCUGACACUUCUGCAGCGCGUGGGGACCGGCAUGGCCGUCUCCUUGGCAACGGUGUUGACUGCCGCGCUGGUGGAGGCCCGGCGGCUAGAGACGGCACGACAGCACGGCCUGGUGGACGACCCGGAUGCCACUGUGCCGAUGAGCUGGGUGUGGCUAGUGCCGCAGUACGGGAUGAUAGGGGUGGCAGACGUGUUCGCCAUGGUCGGCAUGCAGGAGUUCUUCUACGACCAGAUGCCCGGCGAGCUGCGCAGCCUGGGGCUGGCGUUGUACCUGAGCGUCACCGGCAUCGGCGGGUUCAUCAGCAGCGCCCUCAUCUCCUUCAUCGACCGUGUCACCAGCAGCGGCGGCGGCGAUAGCUGGUUCGCGGACAACCUCAACCGUGCCCACCUCGACUACUUCUACUGGCUGCUCGCCGGCAUCAGCGCCGCAGAGCUCGUGCUCUACCUCUGGUUUGCUAGGUCGUACACAUACAACAACCGCAAGAGGAUCAUGUGAGUGCUGGGAUGAUCACCUGAGGUCAUGCACGACACACAAUUGUUACACACGGCGAUUGUCCCGUGCACAACAUUAGGUUUCGUUGGGAAUCAUUAAGUUCCAUUAUAUGAAACUUAAUGUUAUUUGUAGCUCGGAUUUCAAAGCAAGAAACAAAGCAAAUCGGAAGGGAUGUCCCAUGCACGGUAUGAUGA